AUGGGCCUCGAUACAAGUACUAUUCGGAAGACCGACCUGAUUGAAGAUCGUCUGUCGAAUCCGGAAGAUGAAAAAGACAACGCUCAUAACGAUGAGCGUCUAAAAGGGGCAAGCGUCACCAGGAUCGGAGUCAUUGACUCAGUAAGCGGUCCGAGAAGUAAAUAUAUUCUGUAUGCUGGUGAACUGGACAAUUCGACGGUGAGCACUUAUCGUAACUAUGCAGCGUCCGAGUUCGGCCAGCUUUCGAUGUUGGCAACAUUGAACACUGUCACGACUGAAACGUACAUCAUCACGGUUACCUGCUACGUACUCUCUUAUAUUCUAUGUGCUUCAGCUAGGUCCCUCGAUACCUAUGCCGGCGGGUGCGUCCUUUACGCCCUUGGCCAAUCUGGAACUUCGAUACUAAACGCGAUUGUCAUCUCUGAUAUCUCUUCUAUGCAGUGGAGAGGCGUCGUCAAUGGCAUUGGAUGGCGCUGGGGAAUCGGCAUGUUUGCCAUUUUAAUGCCGUCUUGCGCCAGUAUCAUAAUCAUCAGUUUACUUGUCUUUCAACAUCGUGCAAAGAAGGCCGGUUCUGUUGUCUGUCAUCGUCCGAGCCUGCAUGGUUUCUGCUCGGGAAUUGACCUAGGAGGUAUUGCGAUCCUGACUUGCGGGUUUUCCUCGCUGUUGAUUCCUAUCACCUUGGCGGCCACAACAACAAGUCGAUGGAAGACACCAUGGAUAGAUGCGCUUAUUGUCGUGGGUGCCGGCUUUCUAGCCUGUCUCUAUCCUUACGAGAAGUACAUUGCUAAACAUCCGGUAAUUCCUGUACGAUACUUCCAUGCGUUGUCCGUCCUCGUACCGGUGGCACUUGCUUGUAUCGACAACAUUGGGUUCGGCACCACUCACACCUACCUCUACGCCUGGUCGAUGGUCUCACACAACUUUACCCCUCGAAAUGCCCAGUUUCUUUCCUGGACAAGUGGCGUCAUGCAGGCACUCGCUGGGAUGUGCAUCGGUUUGCUUAUGUACCGCCUGCGAAGGUACAAAUGGAUCGCUGUAGCCGGUUCUAUCGUUCGGCUGAUCGGCUACGGGCUGAUGGUUCGCCUUCGUACAGACGCAAGCUCAUUAGCGGAACUCUUCAUCGUCCAACUGAUACAGGGGCUAGGCAGCGGGAUCAUCGAGACAGUAGCGAUAGUUGCAACCCAGAUCUCUGUACCGCAUUCGGAACUCGCUCAGGUGACAUCGCUGGUUAUGGUGGGCGCAUUCGUUGGCAAUGCAAUAGGGUCUGCCAUUGCUGGCGGGAUCUAUACUGGGAAACUCCGCGAGCGACUGCGCGUACGCUUGGGUAGUGCCAUUGGCGAGGCCAGGCUGGAUCAGUUGUAUAAUUCCAUCACGGGAACUUUACCCGCGUGGGGAACAUGGCAGCGAGCGGCAGUAAAUCAUGCAAUAUUCCGAUGUCUGAUGCGGACGGUGUACGUGACUCAUCCAGGCGAAGUCAAUGAUGUUCAGUCGGUCUUUGUCUUGGUCAUAGCAGUUCUGCACAGACAAAAUGAUAUCCCUUUCAAGUUUCCCAGACAGCGCUCUAACCCGCAUUCUUGCGUUGUACUUGACAGUCUUUGA